GCCCACGUGCCGGAGCACGAAGAUAGCUGUCGAACUGGCGUGGCUGGGGCAACGAGUGGCGGUAGGAAGGGGGGAGGAGGAUCAUGUUCCGUAACGGUUCUCCAUUGCAGAGGCGGCCGAUUUCGUCGGCGAAGGGUUCAGUGGCGCCGAUGGGGGGAAUGGCUGCGCUGGGGGGAGGAGGGGUUCCUCGGGGCGUGGUCAGGCCGGCUGGGGGUCCGCGGUCGGCGGCCAAGAUGAGCAGCCGCCCGCCUAGUCUCAUGAUGGGCAGCAACAACUACAGGAACGGGGUCUCUGCGGCAACGAUGAUGUCACCCUCGACAUCGACGACAAUGUCCAGCUCCAUGAGCGAUCAGUACCUCGAAGCCAACGAGAACGUGACCGUGACCGUCCGAUUUCGCCCGCUGAGCGUCCGGGAAGCCCAGAAGGGCGAAGAAGUGGCUUGGUAUGCUGACGGCAACAAUAUUGUCCGCAGCGAGACGAACCCCAACUUGGCCUAUCCUUUUGACAAAGUCUUCGGCCCCUCGACGACGACGAGGGGCGUUUACGACGUGGCGGCUCAACACGUGGUCGCUGGUGCCAUGGACGGGGUGAACGGCACCGUGUUCGCGUAUGGCGUCACCAGCAGCGGGAAAACGCACACGAUGCACGGCGAUCAGAAGUCACCGGGAGUCAUUCCCCUAGCCGUGAAGGACGUGUUUGGGAUCAUCCAGGAGACGCCGGGGAAAGAGUUCCUUCUACGGGUGUCCUACCUGGAGAUCUACAAUGAGGUGAUUAACGAUUUGCUGGACCCGGCAGGGCAGAACUUGAAGAUAAGGGAAGAUGUUCAGGGAACCUACGUGGAGGGCAUAAAGGAGGAGGUGGUGCUGUCGCCGGCUCACGCGUUAUCGUUAAUUGCGGCCGGAGAGUCGCAUCGCCACGUAGGAUCUACCAACUUCAACCUGAUUAGCAGCAGGAGUCACACCAUCUUCACUCUGACCAUAGAGAGCAGCGUCAGAGAGACUCAGGGCUACGAGCAAGUGGUGCUGUCGCAGCUGAACCUCAUCGAUCUGGCAGGGUCUGAGAGCUCAAAAGCUGAGACGACCGGUCUGAGACGAAAGGAGGGGUCGUACAUCAACAAAAGCCUGCUAACUCUCGGCACGGUCGUAUCGAAACUUAGCGAGGGGCGGGCUACGCACAUUCCGUAUCGUGACUCCAAGCUCACGCGUCUGCUGCAGUCCUCCCUUAGUGGGAAAGGGCGCAUAUCGCUCAUCUGUACGAUAACCCCGGCGUCGGGAACUGUGGAAGAGACGCACAACACGCUGAAGUUUGCGCGACGGGCCAAGCACGUGGAGAUGUCGGCGGAGAGGAACAGAGUGAUUAUGGAUGAUAAAUCGUUGAUAAAAAAGUACCAGAGGGAGAUCAGCAACCUGAAGCAGGAGCUGGAGCAGCUGAAGAGGGGCAUUCUGCCGCCCAGCGGGUCCCCUGCUGGCGAAGACUUGUCGGCUCUCAAGCAACAGAUUGAGGCCGGACACAUGAUGAUGCAAUCGCGACUGGAGGAGGAGGAACAAGCGAAGGCGGCGCUGCUGGGUAGGAUUCAGCGGCUGACAAAGCUCAUCCUCGUGUCGACGAAGACGUCAGUGGCCACGAAGGAAGAGAAACCGGAGAUGAUACUCCACAGGAGGCGGCAUUCUUUUGGCGAGGAGGAGCUGUCGUAUCUGGCGCAGAGGCACCGAGAGCCGCUGACUCUCGAUAUGCCGCCGGUCGACUCGGGGGCCAAUGGGAAUGGCAGGUCGGCGUCGCCGUCGAACGGUGGGUCGGAGGAGGGGGCAGGUGGCGCGGGAAAGGAGGGGGAGAAGAAGAAGAAGAGAGGAGGGGUGUUAGGGUGGUUCAGGCUGAAGGGAGGGGACGCGUUGGCGUCAGUAUCGAGGGAAGCGAGGGAGGCUGCCGCCAGGGACAUUGUGAGCAGAAGCAAGUCGGCGAUCCGCCGGGGAAGCGACAUGGAUGGGGGGAUGGGAAGAGACAGAGGUGGUAUGUCUCCAGGGCGCGGGGCGGAUAUUCCUCAGCCGACGUCCGCUGGCGAUCUGUUCGUCAGGCGGCGGCCGCCUCCCACGGGGACAACGCAGAUCGACCAGAUCGAGCUGCUUCGGGAGCAGCUGAAGAUGCUGCACGGGGAGGUGGCUCUCCGCGACAGCACCCUUAAGCGCCUGACGGAGCAACAGAGCGACGACCCAGAGCAAGAGAUUCAAAACAAGAUCCAGAUUCAGAGGCUCGUGGAGGAGAUGAAGGAGAAGAAGAGACAGAUGCGCGUCAUUGAGCAGAAGGUGAACGGGGCUACGGCGGAGAUGGCGCCGUCGGAUGCGGCGCGAGCCUUCGCAAAGCUCAGGGCGCAGUUGAGCGAGAAGACAUUCGAAGUGGAGAUCUCCAGCGCCGACAACAGGAUCUUGCAGGAGCAGCUUAAGGCGAAGACGAAGCAGAUCGACAAACUCCAUGAGGAGAUUCAGUUGCUCCGAACGCAGCUGACGGUGGCGCAGAUGACGCGCAUGGCGGCGGGAGCUGGGGGAGCAGGCAGCGGCGGCGACUCCGGGGGGCAGCUGCGCCGUGUCAUCGUCCCGGGAGGAGUCGGCGGCAGCGCGGGGGGCGGAGACGGCAGUGGGGGAUUUGCCGGUCCUUCAACGCCCUUGGCGCAAGCUUCGUCUUCGCUUCCGCCCCCGCAGGGGGGCGUCGGUCCGGCUGUCGGCGGAGGUAGCGGUGGCGUCGGCAGCAGGAAGGACGACAGCUCCUCGUUGGGGGGAGGGGAAAGCGAUGCUUCGUCCGGUGUUCUUGCCUUUGUUGGGGACACACUCGAGCAGGCUAAUGGUAUUCUCGGGGAGGCCUCCAUGUCCACCGACGGGGGAGAGCUGCCCAGCCCUGCCGCGGGUGGGGGAGCGGGCGGGGGCGCUGUAGUAGAUCCCCUUCUUCUCGCCGGCGGAGGCAGCGAUGAUUGCAGCGGAAGCAGGAACGUUUUCGAAGCGUUUGAUCAGCAAUGGAGGGGCAUCGACAUGUCGGGACUCGAUCAUGACCGAUUGAGCAUGGAAUGUGACCUGAAAACGCAGAUGAUGGCGAAAUCGGCGGAGAUCGACAGUCUGAAGAAGGAGGUGGAAGCGUUGAUGGAAGAGAAAGAGUUGUUGCAGCUGCAGAUGCAGAAGCAGGCGGAAGAGCUGCAAGAGGCACGUGCGGAUGCCAAGGCUGCGAGGGCUGUGCACUCAGAAAUGGACUGCCAUCGGCAUGACACAGGGACGGGGAUGGCUAUGGGCGCGUCGUCCAGCGCAUUGGCAGCAGCAGCACAGCGGGCGGCCAAUCUUGCCAGAGGUCAACUGCAAGACUCAGUAGAAAGGAGGGCGUCUUUCAAGGGAAGGGGGGAGCUAGCCGGGACAGCAGGGGCGAUGGGAAUUCCUGCUUCGAAGGAAGCAGAGCUGAUCGAGAAGGAGUUGGAUGUGGCAAGGGGAAAAACGAAGAGGCUCGAGGAGGAGAUGAGGCAGCACGAGGAACAGAGCGGAAGGCUGCGCCAAAGGGUUAAUCAGGCGGAACGGGAUUUAGCGGCCAUGCUGAUGAUUGUGGCGGAAGCAAGGCGUAGGCAGUCUGUCGACGAUGUCGUCGAGACAGGGAGGGUGGGGGGAGGAGGAGGAGGAGGAGGAGGAGGAGGAGGGGCACAGGAGGCCGCGAUGGUUCCUGCAAAGGACGAUGGUGAGGGGGAAAGUGAAUGGCGUGUUAUGGCAGUUGAGGCGCGGGCCAGGAGCGCGGAGAGGGCGGGGAUUGUACCGCUUUGGGUGAAGCGAUGUGCGGAGAUGGUGGGACAAUCGAAGUCGAUGCAAGGGGACGAUCGCGAUGGAAUGAACGGGGGAGGAGGAGGAGGAGGAGGAGGAGGAGGAGGAGGAGGAGUCGAAGGCAGUGGCGCGGUGGCAGGCGGGCCCAUGGAGAGCCGCAACCUUAACGAUGGGCGGAAGCUGCCCCCUGCUUCUUUCCCCUUGCCGGCGGCAGUGCUUAAUACGCUCGGCGAGUUUCGCGCGAAAAGCAUUGCGGAACUGAACGACGUGAUGGACAGACUGGCGACCCGUGUUCUGGAGGAGCUGACCCAAGAAAAUGACGAGGGGAGAAUGGCGGAGGUGGCAGGUAAGCAGAAACAGCAACAGCAAGAAGAGGAGCGGCGGUGGAGUGACCCGAGGGGGAGGAUGCCGCGAGGCCGAGGGGACAGUGACGAGCGCGGGAAUGAUGGAAACCUCAACGGGAUCUCCGGCGGCGGGUCGCAACAACGUCAGGAAGUGGAAGGUGUUCCGCUUGUGCCCGAAGUUGCCGUUGGCACGGACACCAAGAAGGCGGCAUUGGGUGGCGGCGCGGUCUGUGUUACUGUGAUGGUAGGAUGGCGGGAGGGUGCCAUGUGCGGAGACAUAAGGGUUAUGGUGAUGGUGAGAUGGGAAGGAAUCGGCGCGGAGGGCAUCGUGAAUCCGUAGUUCCGUCCUCGAUUCUACCUCAUCGUUUUUGCUCAUGUGAUUUCUGUUAUGGCAGCAGCGAAUGACGACUUCAUCAUCGGGUUUUUGGGGGGGGCGGUCUAUCCAGCAUAUAUAGCUACAUGCCUUGUGCGUCGUUCCUCCUGCCCCCCUGCCCUUCCCGCCCGUCCUUUUUACAAUUUCCCCCUCUCAGUAUAUUAUGAUUUGAUGGCUCGUCUUCGUUUGGUUCUCCUCCGCACGUGGAGUCAGAUGGAUGGCGUGCUCCUUGAAUGAAUGAGAGAGAAAGAGGGGCAUGACAAACUGUGGCUGAGGGCGGCCUGUCCUUUUAGCAGCGGAAGGGAUGGGAAAGAGCCGGAGUGCGAAGAUGGAGAGAAAGACAGUGGAGGCACCUCGAGAUUGUUUCGUUGUGCGCUAAGGAGGUUUGUUCGCGGUUGUGUUGACUCCGGGAAGAGACAUUGAGGUAGGAGGGAGGUAAUAGGGAGGUGGGAGGGAGGUUAGUAGGGAGUCGUGUGCGCGCGGGAGACGCCUGGGACUGCACACUGAAUGCUGCUGAACUGAGUUAUGAGGAGGGAGAGUGGGCGAGAGGAGAGUUGUGUAUGCUCCACUUUCUGUUUUCGGCUCUCCGUGACAACUGUUUUCUUGACCCCGUCUUGCCCGGCGAGGGAGUGCGAAGGUAGAGGAAUUACCUUUGCUGUCAGAUUACGGUACGUUCAAAUCGACACAGCCUGAAGGGACAACUGCCUUGAAUCCAGGGGUGGUGGGGACAACUGCCUUGAAUCCGGGAGUCGAUGUGACCGAAAACAUUAAGAGUAUCAUGUUUCGGCGUGGUACAGGCCGUCCUUGCCGGUAGAAUCCCAAUAUGAAGGUCUGUGCAAAACUGAUGCACUACGCUGAACGUCGAUACAAUCGUUUGUGCCUCUUCUCCUUGGCAACGGGUCCUCCGCUCGCCGUCAAUUACUAUCCGAGAAAAGGCACAAACGAUUGUACCGUCGAUACAAUCGUUUGGGCAAAAUUACUAUCUGAUGGGUUAUGCUCGACCGACAAAACCAGCGCGUAUGUAGUCACGUAGAAGAGCCAUCUUCUCUCCUUUCUGCGGCCGUGUGCUUUUUCCGUUCUCUCCGCGUGUCUCCCGUUUGCUGUCUUUCGUCUCUUUUGUCUAUCUCCUGUAUUUCGCGCUCCCCGUCAUUGCCUGGGCCGCCCCUGGCCGCUCUUGGCAGCACUGCACCGCUCUCUCUCCCGCUCUCCGCGGCUUUCCGCGGCUCUGACCCGCUCUCUCCGGCUUGGUUUCACUCACAUCGUCAUCGGAUUCCUCCUUCGCUUCUGUGUGGCCCCGUCCGAUGGGCGGGAGCUCGUCCCCUCUCUCUGCUGCUUGGCUUAGGGCAGGGCAUACUCACACUAGGAUGUCUGUAGAUGCAUCUGUGCGCAAUUACAUCCAGGUGGGUAGUCAGGGUUGCCCUAGUGUGAAUAUACUCCUAGUCGGGCGGACGAAACUUUACGCGAACCCUCGACGGGAUGGGUGGCGGUCGCCGGCCUGUUUGGUCCGGUGUACGUCAUCGACCACUGACCGUGUUUUGCCUCAACCACUGCUUGUUGCUUCCCUCCGGCUCGUUGGCGGGUUGAAGGAAAUAUGAUUAUUACUAUGUGCACAAGCUAUCCCGCCGGGGGGAUGAGGGUCAGCAGGGAACGGGGUUAGGGGGGGGUUAGGGUUGGAGUGGCGCAAUUUCGACUCGAGCGAUCGUUGACCUAGGAAGGAGGCGGCCGUUUCUGUGGUCUGUGUAUCACCGCG